UGAAUAUGGCUGAAAAUGGAGAUCAUGAAAAUAUGUCUGAUUUGGAAAGGAAGGUCUGCCAGCAAAUUGAGUACUAUUUUGGCGAUCACAACUUACCACGAGACAAAUAUCUUCAGGAGAAGAUCAAGCUAGAUGAUGGCUGGGUGCCUUUAGAAAUAAUGAUCAAAUUUAACAGAUUAAAUCGCCUGACAAAAGACUUUGAUACAAUAGUGGGAGCGUUAAAAAAAUCAAAAGGAGAUCUUAUGGAAGUCAGUGAAGACAACACCAAAAUUCGAAGAUCUCCAAGUAAACCUCUGCCGGAAAUCACUGAACAAUAUAAAAAUGCAGUUAAAAGCAGAUCUGUGUAUAUUAAAGGCUUUCCAUUAGACGCAACUCUUGACAAUAUCAAAGAAUGGCUAGACAGUAAAGGCAAAGUAGAAAACAUUCAGAUGAGGAGAACAUUUCAGAAAACCUUUAAGGGUUCGAUAUUUGCGGUCUUCGAUACUGUCGAAUCUGCAAAGCAGUUUGUGGAGCUUCCGGGCCAAAAGUACAAAGAUACAGAACUAAUUGUGCUCUUCAGGGAUGAUUACUUUGCAAAGAAGCAUGAGGAGAGAAAACGGAGCCGAUUGGAAAGAAAAGCAAAGGCCAAACAGGAGAAGGAAGAAAAACAGAAGCAAGCUGAAGAUGCUGAAAUGAAAUCUCUGGAGGAGAAGCAGGGGUGCUUGCUGAAAUUCUCUGGAGAGCUCGAAGAUCAGACUUCCCGAGAAGAUCUCCACGCAGUUUUCUCAGACCAUGGCGAAAUUAAAUGGAUAGACUUUGUCAGAGGUGCAAAAGAGGGAACCAUCCUGUUCAAGAGCAGUGCACAAGAAGCCCUAAGUAAAGCCCAAGAAGCAAACAGCGGGAAUCUGCAGCUGCGGGACAAAGAUGUCACAUGGGAGGUGCUUGAGGGAGAUGUGGCAAAAGAAGCCUUGAAGAAAAUCAUGGCGGGACAGCAGGAACUGCUAAACAAGAAAGGAAGAGGAAAAGGUGGCAAAGGAGCCCCAGGCGCAAAGAACCGGAAAGUGAAAUUCCUCGGCAAGAAGACAAAAUUUGAGAGUGAAGAUGAAGAGGAGGGUGGAGACAAUGAUACUACAGGGCCAGCAAAUCCCAAGAAAAGGCCAUUAGAAGACGCAGAGAAAGAAGGAUCUGCCCCAAAGCAGGUGAAGACAGAAAACGGUUCUGGAGAUCAUGCAUAA